GUUGAAAAGCAGGAGCAGAGCGGUAGAGGGGGCCCAGCGUUGCUUUCCUUCUUGCAGUUGCUGCAGCCUUGUCGUCCUGUAUUUUUUUUAUUUUUCCCCACCACAUUAUUGUGUUUUCCUCUCGCUCGCCGCGGUAUUUUGGACUCCGGCGUCUCCUUCGCCAUGGCGGGGGCGAUCAUCGAGAACAUGAGCACCAAAAAGUUGGUGAUAGUGGGAGUUGCUCUGCUUUUGUGUCAGGCGUUCACCUUCAUGGUCGGCGGUUUGAUUGCUCCCAGCCCCACCACGGCGGUCCCCUACUUGGCCACCAAGUGCGUGGACACAAUCAAGCACCGGCAGGAGUCCAAGUGGUUCAUGCCCUGGGGUCCGAACCAGUGCCACAAGAUCCGGUCCUUCGACGAGGCCACGGCCAAGAUGAUCGAGGCGAACAACAUCGUCUUCGCCGUCCACAUCCCUCUCCCCAACAAGGAGAUGAGCUCCUGGUUCCAAUUCAUGCUGGUCAUCCUGCAGUUUGACAUCGCUUUCAAGAUGUACAACCAGAUAGAGGACGGAGCGAUGGUCACCAUCGACGUUGGCCUGGCUUACAGAGACGACACGAUCAGCGAGUGGACGGAGAUGGCUCACUCCUUUGAGCAGAGGAAGCUCAGCUGUAACUUCACCACUGCCAAGACCUAUGAGAACGAGGGCCGUUACUAUGAAUGUGACCUGAUGCCGUUCAUGGAGGUGGGCAGUGUGUCUCAUAAGUAUUACCUCCUCAACAUGCGCCUGCCGGUGAACGAGCGCAAGAAGGUCAACGUGGGCAUCGGAGAAAUCAAAGACAUUCGCCUUGUCAGCAUCCAUCAGAACGGAGGCUUCACCCAAGUGUGGUUCGCCAUGAAGACGUUCCUCACUCCCAGCAUCCUCAUCAUCAUGAUCUGGUAUUGGAGGCGCAUCACCUUGAUGAGCAGACCCCCCGUCCUCCUGGAGAAGGUGAUCCUCGCUCUGGGCAUCUCCAUGACCUUCAUCAACAUCCCGGUGGAGUGGUUCUCCAUCAGCUUCAACUGGACCUGGAUGCUGCUGUUCGGAGACAUCAGGCAGGGCAUCUUCUACUCCAUGCUGCUGUCCUUCUGGAUCAUCUUCUGCGGGGAGCACCUCAUGGAAACCCAGUUCUUUGAGGCACUGGUUCUGGGCAGAGGAGAACUGAAGAUGUGUGUGAGCUGUGUACCAGCCAUCCAAAUCUUCCCCGAACGUCCCACAAACAAAUCGCAGGACCAGACGGAAAGGAAUCGUUUCUCGGUGUACUGGAAGCAGGUUGGACCCAUCGUCUUCGGCUCUUUCUGCCUCUUUAUCUUUGACAUGUGCGAGAGGGGAGUCCAGCUGACGAACCCUUUCUACAGCAUCUGGGCGUCUGACGUGGGGACUGAGCUGGCUAUGGCGUUCAUCAUCGUAGCGGGGAUCUGUGCGUGUCUCUACUUCCUUUUCCUUUGCUUCAUGGUUUUUCAGGUCUUCCGCAACAUCAGCGGCAAGAGGACGUCCCUGCCUGCCAUGUCCAAGGCCAGACGCCUGCACUAUGAGGGUCUUAUUUUCAGAUUCAAAUUUCUGAUGCUGGUCACUUUGAUCUGCGCUGCCAUGACGGUUAUCUUCUUCAUCAUCAGUCAGGUCAACGAGGGCCACUGGCACUGGGGGGAACACACGGUGCAGGUGAACAGCGCCUUUUUCACCGGCAUCUACGGCAUGUGGAACCUGUACGUCUUCGCCAUCAUGUUCCUCUACGCGCCGUCUCACAAACGCUACGGAGACGAGCAGUCGAGUGGUCAGUGCAUCACCGGGGACGCUGGAGCGAACAGCGGGGAGGACAUCCAGCUGACCACGACCAUCACUCAUGUCGAUGGUCCCACCGAGAUCUACAAGAUGACAGGCAAAGAAGCCCAGGAAUAGAUUUCACGCCGAUACCGACGCACCCGCCCCACUGCUACAAUGCCAUAUAUGUAAUCAACCGUGCUCUUUUUCUUUAUCCCCCCUGGCCCUGAAACUGCAUAAACAAUCCACCCUCCAGGCAACCGCCAGUUUUAUAGUGUUGCUGCCCCUCUUAAGCUCGUUUACACUCCAUUCCCAAGGCCCAGGUUGUAUUUGUAAAGGCUGAAAAUCAACACCGCUGUCAGUCCUCUUCAUUUCAUGUUGGAACUUCUUACAUUUCAUGCUCUGUUUGAACUUCUGGUCUCUAAAUGUCGCACAAUGGCCUUUUACACCAAGCCAGGUAUUGAAAAGCUGCUUUAAAAGGAGAUUCAAGUGUAAAGAAAACCAUUUGUUGGUGGUCAAAAGGUGCACUCGGCAGUUGUCGGUCUCAGUUUUUUGUUUUUUUAAGUGCAGUGGUUAAACUGUUGUGUGUGAAAGACCUGAGCUGGAUGCUUUGGCCGUGUUGCUCAGUGGAUUCAUUUUUUUUUUUUUUUUUCCCAUUCAAGGCUUUUGAAUCUAUCACAGUGUGUCAUGUGAAGUACUGCUGUCACUUACAGUCCUUUAAUUGUUUAUUUUUUAUAUAUCACUGGGGAAAAAUGUACAAAACACAUAGCCACUUUGGGAAAAGCAUACUGUACGUUCAUGUUACAAUGUAGAUAUCUAUUUUUUAUAAAGUGCUUAUUUUCAACUCCACAAAACAUACACACCAAGCUGUAUCAGUGUUGUUGAAGUUGACUGUAGCCUAUUACACAUGGUUUUUAGUUUUUUUUCUUCCUUUUUAUGCUAAUUUAAAUAAAAGAAACUUUUACUUAU